AUAAAAUGUUUUUAAAAUAAAUAAAUUGUGAACGCAAUGCCAAUGAACUAGUGACUUUCACCUGCACUGCGUAAUGACCUUAACAAUACUUUUGAUCUACAAUAAUUAAACAUAAAUAAAUUUUAAUAAACGUUUUUCAAUACGCAAUUUAAAAAAUAAAAUUAAAAAAACCCACGCUUCAAUUACUCAAGGCAACGAAAGUAAAAUCAUACAGCCUGUGUAUAUCUAUAAUGAAUUGUAAACAUACGUGUGUGUUAUGUAAAAUUAUGUGUUUUAGCCGAUGUUGGUCGCAUUAUAUUACCGUUAAGUAUAAUAAGGACACGCGGAAUGAAUAGUCCGAUACUAGCAUGAUAACAUAAUACAACCAUUGAUAGUUGUUUACGAGUCUGUUACAUAUAGUGCAGGUCUUAUUAUUUUAGGUACCAGCCGAACAUUAAUAUAUUUGUAUUAAAAUAUACUUGUAAUAUUAGUAAGAGAAAUAAAUAAAAAGUCUGGAAAACGUUUUGUUUAAAUCUGCCAAGUAGGGGUGGUUUAUUGGUGGUACGUCUCUUAUAUGUGAGAGUCCGCAGGUACCACCCUAAUAUCUAUUUCUGCCAAGCAGCAAUGUGUAGUCUGUUGUGUUCCGGUUUGAACAUUGUAGCCAGUUUAACUGCUGGACAUGAUUAACAUCUCAUGUCUCAUGAUGGCGAGCAGUGGAAUACCAAACAAUACUUUGUAAUUCAAGGUGUUGGUGUUUCUACUGUUUAUGGCUUGUAUCGGUUACCGUCAGGCGAACGGCAAGCUCGUCUUGUCAUACUAUAAAGAAAAAAAAGCACAUAGCUGCGCAAGUUGUGUGUCCCAAUAUUAUUCUUAAAGGCAGUGUGUCCAUAAUUCUAUUGAAAUUGUGGGUGAAAGUGGCCGGAGAAGAUCACUUAACAUAUUCUUCACCACUCUUUCCAUGAAACGAUACCAAUAACUUUUUCAAUCCAUCGCGAAAAUUGACCAAUCAGGACAUAGAAUUUUGACAUUUACAAUUGACUCGUUCUGAUUGGCUAUUCUUAUUAUUGGAUCAAAGAAUAAGAUUGGGAUCGUUGUUUAAAAAGACCGUUAAGUUUGUUAAUUAUUACAGUUAUUUCGGUUUAGAAGCCAAACCAUUGAAGCCAUUUUAAAAAUAAUUCUUUAUGACCGAUCUCGAAGUAGGUAUCCUUUCAAAUACAUACAUAGUAUCGCGCCUCUAUCUAUAGGGGUAGGCAGACUACGGAUUGCCACUUUGCACGAUUCUGGCAUACUUCGCUUUCUCCACCUUCAUCAAUCUUUUCAUGCAUUCCGCAUAUUCAGGGUACUUCUGACCUGGCCUUUACUAAGAAUUUCAUCUGACAUUCGAAGGUUCGGUGCGGUCGACCCCUACCGGCUCUUCCAUCCACAUUCGCCUUAUAUAUCCUCUUUGUCAGUCUCUUAUCAUCCUCUCCAAAUGCCCAACAAUUUUAGUAUAGUCUCACCAAUUUAGGUUACUAAAUCCUCUAUCACUCCACACAUGUCCAUCACCGAAUUGUAAUAUUAACGAUUUUUUUCAAAUCGUUUAUAAAUGAGAGUUGCGAGGUAACAAACAAAAAAAAAUACACGUCGAAUCAAUGCCAGAUUUAUAUUUUUAUGAGUGUAGGCGACUUUAUUUCUGCCGCUCCAUGUAGAUAGGUUUAUGUAUGUAGGUUUUUAAAAUAGGUACUUAAUAAUUUUCCAUUUCUUUGUAUUAUGGAAGGCACUAAAGUUAAAUAAACGAAUAAAUAAUUAUAUCGAGUGAGCGUCCUCUGAAAACUGCCGCCCCUAAGAGGCUGUCGCCCAUAAGCUGCGGCCUAUACGGCCUAUUUACAAAUCCAGGACUGCGUCGAAUUGAGAACCUUCUUUAUUUAAGUCGGUUAAAAUACACUGGUAUCCUCUAGGAACGGUAAAAAUGACCCUUAUUGUCUCAAGCAUGAAAUAAAACCCACAACUUGUCGGGUACGACAGACUUGUCUGAGAGAGAAUUUAAUACAGCGGUCAGGGUCGCAUUGAGGUCAGUGUAGAAGCCACGGACUCACGUCCGUUCUGCCAAACGUUAUUUAUUAUUGUAAUGUAUGUAAAUGAUGUCAUCUGUGGAACAUCACUACGUCCUGUGUCGUCUGUGACUAAUUGUGUCUCAUCACUACGCCUGUCUGUCAAUAAAUGUUUUAUGGCCGCUACCGACGCCUAUUAUUUUACACAAAUGCAGAAAUAUCACAGUGACGACGAGGAUUAAAUAUUGUCGCGCUCAAGAUCGUCGAAUUGAAAGUGUAAAGAAUUGCAAAAUGGCAAUAGGAAAGAUAGGUGAAUUUAAAGUUAGUACCGACGACUGGGGAUUGUACGUCGAGCGAGUUGAACAGUAUUUUUUGGCGAAUAACAUUAAAAAUGAACUUCAGGUUUCCACCCUGAUUACCGUUAUGGGCGCGGAAUGUUACGAAUUGCUAGUAAAUUUGUGCACGCCGGAGAAACCAAGCAAAAAAACGUUUGAAGAGAUAUCGUCCAUCUUGAAAAAACACUUGCAACCCAAACCGAGCAUUCUUGCCGAAAGAUUUAAAUUUCGGCAAAGAUUACAAAAGGAAGGCGAAAGCAUCGCAGAAUACGUCGCAAUUUUAAAAAAAAUGUCUAAAUCUUGUGAAUUCGGAGGCGGGUUAGACGAAAGCAUGCGCGAUCAACUAGUAUGCGGCAUCAAUAGUGAAAUAAUCAGACAGCGGCUUUUUGCGGAGGAAAAGUUGGAUUAUGCGAAGGCCUAUAAAUUAGCUGUCAGUAUAGAGGCCGCGGAGAAAAAUGCUGCAAUUGUAGAGGGUCAGGCACGACCAUCAGCGCCUGUCGAAACUAAAUGCCUAGCUAUUAAGAACAUGCGGCGAAACACGGUACGUCCAUGGGGCCCAGCAAAGGAUCAUGUAGCAUCGACGCAUCGUAACAAGUUGAAUGUCGGCACAACAACAGAAGUAUCGUCGGAGCCAGCAGAGCGCGGCCGUCCUUAUCAGCAGUGCGGGGUGUGUGGGAGAUCACACCACACAGCUAGCUGCAAGUUUGCUAAGUAUUUUUGCAGGGUGUGUAAUAAACAAGGGCAUCUGAAACGUGUAUGUCCCCAAUUGACGAGUCAGAACUAUGUGGCACAAACAGAAGACAUUGGAAGUGCAAUAGACAGUGAUGCAAGCGAUGAGUUCCAGAUAUUGUAAAGUCUUCGAGGACGGGUUGGGCUGUUUCACCGGUGGGCCAGUAAGCAUCCACGUGCGUGAGGGGCGCGCCCUGUGUACAUGCGGGCGCGACCACUGGCGUACGCAAUGAGAGCACCGGUGGAGCGUGCCCUAGACCAGCUGGUGCAGGACGGUAUCCUCACGCCCGUCGACCGUUCUGACUGGGCAACACCAAUAGUACCUGUGGUAAAAAAAGAUGGUAACAUCAGAAUCUGUGCUGAUUAUAAGCUUACUUUAAACAAGGUGUUGGAAAUUGACCGUUACCCUGUACCGCGAGUAGAGGACUUGCUGACACGUUUACAUGGGGGUGAAAGAUUCAGCAAAAUAGACCUUUCACAAGCCUAUGCCCAAUUAGAAUUAGAUGAAUCAAAAAAUACACAGUCAUAAAUACUCAUAAGGGUUUAUUUAUGUAUAAUCGGUUAGUAUAUGGUUUAGCUUCGAGCCCAGGUAUUUUUCAAAGACGAUUAGAACAAAUGUUUGCAGAUAUGCCAAAUGUUGGGGUUUUCCUUGAUGACAUAAUAAUUACAGGCCUAGAUACUCAUUGUCAUAUAGAUACAUUGCAUAAAGUAUUUCAAAGGUUACAACAUUAUGGGUUUAAAAGUUAAGAGAGAGAAAUGUAGUUUUUUUAAAGAGUCAAUCAGUUUCUUAGGUUAUGUUAUAAGCAAAGAGGGGGUGCAUACAAGUCCUGAAAAAGUUAAAGCAAUCAUUGAUACACCACAACCCACUAAUAGUACAGAGUUAAGAGCAUUUAUUGGUAUGACAAUGUAUUAUGCAAAAUUUGUAAAAAAUAUUAGCACAAUUCUCGCACCAUUAUACGAUUUAUUACGUGCUCAUGUUAAAUUCAUCUGGUGUAGCAAAUGCGAGAUUGCUUUUACAAAGGUUAAAAAGUUAUUGGCAUCAAGUGAAGUACUAAUACAUUAUACACCAGACUUACCAAUAAUACUAACCACAGAUGCAAGCAGUGUGGGUGUUGGAGCAGUGUUGUCACAUGUCACACCGCAAGGCGAACGACCAAUAGGGUAUGCAUCCCGAUCACUCACCUCUGCAGAGCGCUCAUACGCACAAAUAGAUAGGGAAGCACUUGCUAUAGUAUUUGGUAUUAGAAAAUAUCAUCAGUAUUUGUAUGGCCGGCGAUUUAUACUGAAAACAGACCAUAAGCCACUAACAUAUAUAUUUGGCAAUAAAGUAGGUAUACCAGUUAUGGCCGCGUCCAGAGUCCAACGUUGGGCUGUCUUGCUAUCAGGUUAUACUUACGACAUCGAAUUUGUUCCUUCUAAAUCGAAUGGUGCAGACGGAUUGUCCAGGCUGCCGUCCAGUAGCAAUAUUCACAAAGACAACGAAGUCACUUAUAUAAAUUUUGUAGAAGACUUUUUGCCAGUAACUAAUAGAGAAGUAAAGGCAGAAAUAUCUAAGGAUAGGUUGCUAAGUCGCGUGUUGUUAUAUGUGCAGUCAGGUUGGCCAGAACACUGUAAUGAAGAUGAUUUAAAACCAUAUUUUAUGAAGCGUAAUGAAUUGUACAUUGAAAACGGAUGUCUAAUGUGGGGCUAUAGGAUAAUAAUUCCUAACACAUUACAAAACGUUGUACUAAAACAAUUGCACAGUAGUCAUAUGGGAAUCGUUAAAACCAAAUCACUAGCUCGUAGUUACAUUUGGUGGCCUAACAUAGAUAAAGACGUGGAAGAAGUGUGUCGACAAUGCGAUACGUGCGCAGCAGAGAGCGCCGCUCCACCUAGGGUACCACCACAGCCAUGGCAUUACGCGUUACAACCGUGGACGCGACUUCACAUCGACUUUUUAGGGCCGAUUAAGGGAAAAACUUAUUUAGUGUUAAUUGAUUCCAGCUCUAAGUGGCUUGAAAUUUUCGAAAUGCCCUUAACGAAUGCUGCACAGGUUAUACGUGUACUGCGUGCUACUUUUGCACGAUUUGGUCUUCCGGUAGAGUUAGCAUCUGAUCAAGGACCUCCUUUUACAAGUUCCGAGUUUAGUAAUUUUUUAAAACAGAACGGUAUUCGCCAAAUAUUUUCACCAACUUACCACCCGUCAUCAAACGGCGCGGCCGAAAAUGCCGUCAAAUCAUGCAAAAUGGUAAUCAAAAAGGCAUACAGAGAUAAUGUUGACGUAGACGCGGCCUUACAAAAUUUUCUACUGGUUUACAGAAAUACAUCGCAUAGUACCACUGGAGAAACACCGGCUAUGUUGCUUCAGCGACGUACUCUUCGUAACCGGCUAGAUUUGUUACGUGGAGACUGUUCACUGAAAGACAGGGUUAACAAGGCAAAGCAAUGUCAAAUAGAAUAUGCGGGGGUAUUCAACGGGAACUACAUGUGGGGGAAACUGUAUGGGCUAGAAACUAUAGCAAGGGAGACAAGUGGGAAAAGGGUACAGUAGCAUGUAAAGUAGGUUCUAGACAGUAUAUUAUAGAAACGGGAAACGGUCGGCAAACAACAAGACAUAUAGAUCAAAUUAAACGGAGAUCACGUUUUUCUGAUGUUACUGGUCCAGAGCUUACAGACACGGUCGAGGAGAAUCCUUAUAAGAAUAAAUUCCUAAAGGAAAAUGACGUAGAGGAUGUCGAGCCAACACCAGAGAAAAAUAUUUAUGAUAAACCGAUAUUAUUAGAGGAAGAUAAGAUCGGCAAGGAGAUUAAGGAACAGGCGGGAGAAGUGGCCUCGGGAACAUCGCAAAUAAUUUCCACUAAUCCGGAGAGGAAUUCGCCACAGCCCUUGUCCACUUCUCGAAUUAAAAGAAUUUGUAAGCCGGCAAAAAGGUUCGGUUUUGAUGAAUAUUAAUUAAGUAUAAGAUGAAACAUUUGUAUUUGAUAUUAGAUCAAAAAUGUUAGUUAUAUAUAGAGUAAGUCUAGAUUUAAGAAGUGAGGUGUAAUGUAUGUAAAUGAUGUCAUCUGUGGAACAUCACUACGUCCUGUGUCGUCUGUGACUAAUUGUGUCUCAUCACUACGCCUGUCUGUCAAUAAAUGUUUUAUGGCCGCUA